AUGGCCGAUGUUCUGAGCCUUCUACGCGAGUAUCAUCUGAACAACAAGCCUAUUAUAGAAAACCAUGAUGAAAUCAUUUUUGGCGAAUUCGCCUGGCCCAAGACGACUAAAACGAACUAUAUUAUAUGGGGUACUGGGAAGGACGGGACUGCUAAAGAUUACUAUUCACUGGACUGUAUCGUUUAUCUCCUGAAAAACAUUGAACUUCCGCACUCACAGUAUGUGCGACAAGCAGCUACUGCUCAAGUCCCAGUUGUGCGAUUUCCAGAUAGGCGCGAGCUUUUGGCCUACCUAAAAGGUGAAACCAACCUGGCACCAAAUAUCGACCGCACUGUCCCCAUCGACAUUUCUGUUCGCCGUCCUGUUUCUAAGUCGUCUGGGGAUUUGCAGGCUAUAAGGCGUGGUGAGCACAUUGAUAAAGAUGCCAAGGUUGAAGCGAAACGUCCAAGAAUGUCUUCCUACGACCCUACCGAUGCUUCUACAACCGCUUCAUUUGGGACUAGCGAAAGUGGUCAGAAUGAAAGGUUCGAAGAACCGAAGAUAGAUUCUUUGGGCGUUCAAGGCAGCACGUUCCAGGCUAAGGGCAGUGCUUUACCAAAAGCAAUGCCCCUAGAUAAAAUUCAGUCCUUAAGAGCUAAGUUUCGCGCUAAACAACAACAGACUUCCAAACCGGAUGCCGCGGAUGAAGACCUCACCGGUGUCAACGGUGCGCCAGAAUCCCUUUUCACACCUGGUGCCUUCUUAGCCGGUGAUGGGCUUUCGGCAUCAGCAGCCGCCUUGGGCAUUAAAGGUGCUGGUUAUAACGGUCCGAACUCACAAAAUAUAAUUUUGGUUGACGACCAGCUUCCAUCCCACCCGCCUGGUGGUGAUCCUUCGUCGGGUCGCGGCACCUUCAUUGCGGCCGACCUAGAGAUCGUGCGAGUAAUUUCGUCUCGGGAGCGCAGGUGGCGGACGCGAACUACGACUUUGCAAAGUCAGGGGAAAACAUUUUAUGAGAACAUUGUGCUUGGAAUCCUCCGCAAUGUUAUGGUAAGACUGUUUAUCACUCAUAACUAUAAUAUUCUGCCUUUUAAGACUUAA